AUGAAACAUUUGCUGACCGCAGUGAGCAUUGUGCUCACUGUUCUUCCAUUGAUGAAUGGAGCGCCAACUCCGGUAUUUGAACCCCGCAACCUGACUCCAUUCCGAACCGCUCUUACUGACUUCAUCCUCCAGAAUUUAGAGAAGGAACACACUGUACUUGCAAAUGUCGAGCGUUCAAAUCCAUAUAGCCCAACUUUGGUGAAAGCAAGAUACAAUCAACUCGAUGCAGAGCUUUUCGAGUCCAACCUUCAAUACACAGCUGGCCUCCCCGUAGCCGGUGGUCUGAUCAGCCAACUCACAGCCCGUCAAACAUCAAGCAAUAUCCUCGGCAGUCUACUUGGGACAGUUGGAGGUCUUCUAUCUGGCGUUCUCAGUGGUGGUAAAGGAGGCGUUCUUGGAGGAGGAGCGCCAAGUGCUGGUAGUGCUGGUGGAGCGGCUGUUAUUCCUGCUUUUCCACCAGGCACAGGAACAGCAGCCCAGGCUGGAAGUACUGCAAAUUUUCAGGCUGGGAGUGGUGGGAGUUUGAAUCCUGGAUCUCCUGCGGUGCAGCAAAGUCAGCCUGGAUAUGGGAGCAUACCAGGUACCGGUCUGCCGUCUACUGGAUCUGGGCAAGUUGGAACUGGAGUCAAUGGAGGUGUUAGCUUGCCAGACUCUUCAUUGCCUCAGGCUGGCCAAGGUCAAUAUGGAUCUGGCUCUAAACCCGGGACUGUUUCUCCCGGCUUACCAUCUACUGGACCGGGUAUCUCUUCUCCAGGCCUACCAAUUACUGGUGGUCAAAUUGGAACUGGAAAUAAAGGAGGUACUAACUUGCCUGGCUCAUCGAUCUCUCAACCCGGACAGGGCCAAUACGGAUCUUACAGUCCUCCAACUACCUUUCCAAGUUUACCAAUAACCAAACCAGGUACAUCUCUCCCUAAUACCGGCACCCCUGGAAUUCCAUCAAACGGCCAAACGGGGAGCAAACCAACCACUGGAUCCCCACCAUCACUUCCCAGCUACGGCAACAGACCAAGCGGUAAUAUAAAUCCCAACCCUCCGUCAAUUGGAACAGGACAGUCUUCCGGCUCAUCAUCGACCCCGCCUGGGUUUCCACCAAUUCCACCACAACAGUCUCAUGGUGUAGGAGAUGGCCCAGAUAAGGAUGCUGUUGGAAUCUUCCCACUUGGUACCAUCCCGGGGUCACCUUUACCUGGACAGGGAACAGAUCCAGGAACUCCUGCCACUGGUAGUGGUUCUGGUACCGUUUUGCCUGGUUUGCCAUUACCUGGAAGCGGUUCAGGUAUCAAUACCCCGAGUUUACCUGUACCGGCUCUACCUUUACCAGAAAGUGGCUCUCCAGGUCCAACCUUCGGGUCAGGAAGCAGUGGUUCAAGUACCAUUUCCCCGGGUCUACCUUCAUCUGGCCAGGGAGCCGGAUAUGGUAAACCACCUACUGGACUACCUGGCCUGCCGACUGGAGGUGUGGCAUCGCCAGGUUCGCCGACGAAUGUUGGGUCUUCGGGUGGUGUAGCGGUGUCGCCGCCUGGAAGUGGUUAUGGAACGUCAUCUGUUGGGCGUUAUUAG